AUGUCGUUCUGUCAUAUACAUGUAUUCGAUUCGGUCUUCAAUUUGGAUGUUCCUGCUCGUGCCCGGAGAGAGAAUGGGCACGACUCCCCCUCUUCCCGUUCUACUGUCCAAAACACGCCGGCCAUUCUAAGUUCUGGGGUUGGGUCGGAUAGGACCAGACCAAAUCGGCUGGAUCUGUGGAAUCUGAACGGAUCAGAUCCAAUCGGAUCUGAUCGUAGCUUCGAGUUCAGGUGCCGUACCGCGGCCGGACCGGAAAGGAAGGGGACAGCGAACCGCCUGCCAAGACACCCGAAGGGCCGGCCAUAUGUACCUCGGGAGACCCGGCCCAUUCAAAUCAAAAUAGAACGAGCACCUACGACUAAGGGGAAUGGAAUGUCGACCACAAGGUGA